AUGAAAGCGUUGGAACUUGGCGGCCUGGCAAAGGUUCUAGUAGUUCUGUUAACUGUGAAUGUUGUCCUGUACUUUGUUUAUCAAUAUUGUACUAGAAAUUUGGUGAAUACUGUUCCUCUGAGUAAGAAAUUUCGGACUUCCAAAGCUUCAGUAAAUAUUUUUACAAUCUUCAGGACAGCCCUUCUAUGAGCCUCCAACUCUACUCAAUGAAAAAUGUAAGAUACCCCAGUUAGACCCUUUUGACCCAAGUAUCCGGCAAUAUCUGAAUCCGUUUCUUCGCAAUGAGAAGUGCAAUGUAACUUUCACGCCGAAAAGUGAACUGAAAUGGGGAAAAUUAACCGUUGCUAUUAACGACGCUGAUUGUCAGUACCGAUGUGCUGAGCAUGUAAACGAUAGAGAAGUUACUUUCACAGACUGGCAAGAUAUAAACAGAGAUGAUCCACCCUAUCCUAAAUGCGAUGUAGUGGAAGUCAGAUGUGAUAGAAAUGGACGCGUAGUAUACGAACAUGUUCAUGCUCAAGUUUAUGAAAAGUAGGUGAUAAAAAUUACAAAAAUUUCCGCCAUUCGUCCUUAAGACCUUCAAAUCUUGUAAAUACACAGCAAAACUUAUUGUAGGACUACACGUAAACACAUACCUUUAGGCACGUUCCCGCUGAAGGAGAACCCAGAUAUAACGUGCACAUUUUGCUACUUGACUCUGUCUCCCACUCGCAAUACAUCCGAAGCAUGCAGUUGACGAGGACGUUCCUAAAUUGGGAAUUUCAAGCGAUCGAAUUCCCAUAUUUGUCCAAGGUCUCCCUCAACAGCCGACCAAAUGCCUAUGCCUUCUUACUCAGUAAGUCAACCCACCAUUACCGUUGUUGGAAAAGUUUUAUCGAAUCUAUUUUUGCCCUAGCAAUCUUCGAUCUCUAUGUUGUUUACUGUAGGGUGUUUGACAAUCCUUUGGCCAAAGAAACUAUUUUCAAUCAGCACGCUUCCCACGAUUUUUUAUUGGACUUGACGGGCCUCAUCAAUCUUAGUUUUAAAGUGCAAAAAUUGAAGGGAUAUCAAAAAAAGAGGAUAAUUAAGACGAAAGAAAUUAAUUUUCAGAUGAGCCCGUGGAGAUGUACAAAAACAAAUUUGGGGUUUAUUCGGCACCUGCAUUCAAGUCAAAAUUAUGCGAUGAGUGGAUUGACAAGUACAAUUACAUUGGGAAGCAUUUCAAUGAAGCAGGUUAUGUGACAAUGGUCAAUGAGGAUUGGCAAUUUGGCGCCUUUUCUUGGCCAAAUUGCAAAGGAUUUCAACGGCCCUACGCUAAUCACAGCAAUAAGUAAGUAUUUAGUGAGGCUCAGCUGUCAGAGUUUUUUCCUUAGUAUGGAAGACGUAUUUUUUUACAAUCGCAAAUUUAUUUUCAAUAUUACAGAGCAUACGUCCAGCUAACUAACGGCUCCAACCGCUUUAGCAAGCCGAAUGUCAGCGAGAAUUUGUAUGCCAAUUCUUGUAAAGAAUCGCAUCAUCAUAUUUUCGAAAACAUCAAAGAAUUCGUGGGCAAGUACGAAGGGAUCCCGAAAUUUUCGUUCACCUGGAUGACGACGUUGGCCCAUGAAAAUGGCAGUGCGCUCUAUCGGACCGAUGAGGAUUUUUUAAAAUUCUUCAAAACAAUGGCCGAUGAUGUAAGGGGGUUAUAUGUAUAUCAUGAGCAGUCAGUAGAACGUAUAAAUAUAUUUACACAUGUCUUUCAGCUCCAAGAUUCCUUCUUUUUUAUAACGAGUGAUCACGGAAAUCGAAUUGAUCCAAUCCGGCAAACUGCCGUCGGACUGCUGGAAGAGAUGAAUCCCAUGUUGACCAUGGUGUUGCCAAAGAAUAUACGGCGCCAUGGGAAUAUUAGGAAGAUCCUGAAAGAAAAUUCAAAAAGAUUACUGACUUUCUACGACCUCUAUGCGACUUGGCUUGAAAUCAGCCAGGUUAGGAAAUUUUUAGUAGUAUUAUGUUUUAAUAGUUUUAUCACCACAUGUAUUUUAAAAACGAAAAAAAUAUUUUCAUAUUUUCAGCUGCCGUUCUUCGCUUAUGACGGGGAUUUGGAAGGCUCCGAAUUUAAAUUUCCCAAACAAAAAAUUCUGGGAAAGUCGCUGUUUCAUCCGAUUCCAGAACGUCACAGUUGUUUUGAGCUGGGCGUUCCCUUGGAGUUUUGUUUAUGUCAAUAUGACACCGAGGUCUUCACGGAUAAUAAUACCAUAAAAAAAGCGGCAAGAUUGAUCGUCGCCAAGAUCAACGACGAUAUGUGGAAAAACGGACUGCGGGAAAAAUGCGAAGAGCUUUCAUUUGACGAGGAUAUUCCCUACUCUGCAAUUGCAUAUACAACUCCAGCCACCUUUGGGGCAAAAAUAUUCAAAGUGAGGCAUCAAAAAAUUGAUUAAUUAAUGAUGCAUUUAUCAGGUAAAAUUCAGCGUCAGUCCGGGUAAAGGGCAAUAUGAAGGGACGAUGGCGUUAGAAGAAGAUGGGAACGUUCAGUUAAUCACUCAAGAGUUUCCGAGGGUUGAUUCGUAUGAAAGUCAUGCUCAGUGUGUCCCAUUCUCGUUGUACAGACAGUACUGCCAUUGUAAAUAA